CAAACCUUCAUUGCAUUAUCAGCUUCGUUAGACCCAGAUCUGUGACAGAGUCAUUUGGCUGUUUGAAAUUCAUAAAGCUCGAUACAUAGAUAUUUCUUACCUGUUCAACGAAGGGAAAAUUGCAGGUUUGCCUUGUCUUAAAAAAUGGUGGAAGGUGGCGUCACAAAAGCUGAUAAGACAGAGUUCACGGAAUGCUGGAAGACAACAUGGAAGACUCCAUACAUUAUGAAACUUGCACUGUCAGCUGGGAUUGGAGGGCUCCUGUUUGGUUACGACACAGGAGUAAUCUCUGGUGCCCUUCUUUAUAUCCGUGACGAUUUUCAAGAAGUCGACAGGAAAACAUGGCUACAGGAAACCAUUGUGAGUACGGCUGUAGCAGGUGCUAUAAUCGGAGCUGCAUUUGGAGGAUGGAUAAACGACAGGUUCGGGAGAAAACUAUCAAUUUUGGUUGCUGAUGUUCUUUUCUUUGUGGGUGCCAUAGUUAUGGCUCUCGCUCCAGCUCCAUGGAUGAUUAUUAUUGGAAGAAUAUUUGUUGGUUUAGGAGUCGGAAUGGCUUCAAUGACGGCACCUCUUUAUAUUUCAGAAGCUUCCCCUGCUAGAAUCCGAGGUGCACUUGUUAGUACUAACGGUUUGCUGAUUACAGGAGGGCAGUUUCUGUCUUACCUAAUCAAUCUGGCCUUUACUCAUGCUCCUGGAACCUGGCGUUGGAUGCUUGGAGUCGCUGGAAUCCCCGCUGUGGUUCAAUUUGUCUUGAUGCUGUCACUUCCUGAGUCUCCUAGAUGGCUUUACAGACAGAACAAGGUAGAGGAGGCCAGGUCCAUCCUAGAAAGAAUUUAUCCUGCUGAUGAAGUUGAAGAUGAGUUGAAUGCCUUGAAAGAAUCUGUUGAAGCUGAAAAAGCUGAUGAGCAUGCGAUCGGGGACAGUCUGCUAGAAAAGGUAAGGGGUGCUUUGAGCAAUGCUGUGGUUCGAAGGGGACUCUAUGCUGGUGUGACUGUCCAGGUGGCUCAGCAGUUUUCAGGCAUCAAUACUGUCAUGUAUUAUAGCCCAACGAUAGUUCAGUUCGCUGGAUUUGCAUCAAACAAGACAGCAAUGGCCCUUUCUCUGAUCACUUCUGGUCUUAAUGCCGUUGGCUCCAUUAUCAGCAUGACUUUGGUUGACAGAUAUGGCAGGAGGAGGCUGAUGAUUGUUUCCAUGUUUGGCAUCAUCACUUGCCUUGUGGUGUUAUCGAUCGUGUUCUUUCAAGCUGCCAGCCAUUCUCCCAAAAUUAACCAAUUUGAAUCAACCCACUUUGCUAUAAAUGCUACAUGUCCAAGCUAUCUAUCAGCUCCUAAUCCGGCAUCAUGGAACUGCAUGUCUUGCUUGAAAGCUGAAUGUGGUUUCUGUGCUAAUGGGGCAAACGAAUAUUCCCCCGGAGCAUGCUUGGCAUUGACCACAGAUCUAAAGGGUUCAUGUCGGGAACAACAUCGUACUUGGUUCAAGGAUGGUUGCCCAAGCAGAUUUGGGUUUCUGGCAGUCAUUCUCCUAGGAUUUUACAUCAUUUCCUACUCCCCCGGAAUGGGAACUGUCCCUUGGAUCGUGAACUCUGAGAUUUACCCACUAAGGUACAGAGGCAUUGGUGGAGGGAUGGCUGCAGUUGCAAACUGGGUGUCCAAUCUUAUUGUCAGCGAGACAUUCUUAACCUUGACAAAAGCUCUUGGUUCCGCUGGCACCUUCCUCCUGUUUGCUGCAGUUUGUGUCAUUGGACUUAUCUGCAUCUACUGGUUUGUACCUGAAACCAAAGGACUGCCGUUCGAAGAGGUUGAGGAGAUGCUGAAGGUUGGUUACAAGCCUAAAGCAUUUAGGACCAGGUCAAAGGGCGACACCGGUAAUGCCUGAGACGAAAGUAGUUUUGUUAGGCAAGUAACGUUAGUCUCUGCGUCUUUUACAGGACCACAUUGUUUCAUAGCUCUUCAACCGGUUUUACUUUCAUUGAUAAGCUUGUAACUCAGUUACAAUCGUAUUAUUUUCACUCUAGUAUUACUCUUCUCCCUCCUCUUUCUCUUCAAAGUAACUUUGCUUUUGGCUGGGAAGAGAGUUUUGUCUUUAAGGUGCACACCAAU